AAAAGCCGUUUGAAAGUGUCUUUAAAGGGCGCCGCCUUUGAAGGUUCUCGCAUCACGGUCAGGGAGGCGGUUCUGUCCCUUUUCUCCCUAAACGGGUCUUGAAAUGAAAAGGGGAUUUCACGAACCUUGAGGGUAGAGGUUACUCUCAAGGGAAUAUUCCCUGUUUUGCCCUCUUUCUAUUUUAAACGCGAAGUUGAUAACGGGGGUUGGAAUAAUUGAAUUAAGGGCUGCUUUUUUGGAUUCAUUAAUAUAUUUCAUUUAAGUCACAACUGGAGAUCUGUUGUUCCAGAAAAAGUAAUGACACCGUUUCUCAUGUUGGAGCUGUAAUACUUUUUUCUCCCCACCCCACAUUAUUGUUUUGGUUUAUUCUGAAAGCAGGAGGAAUUUUACAAACUUUCUGCUACUCUAAUAGCUGCAGUGUAUAGGAAACUUAAUCACAACCAGACCACAACCCCUUAGGUCCUAUAAAAUAAAAAUUAGUUGAACUUCUAAACAGAGAGAGUACUGGCUCCUAUCUAUGAAUAUUUACAGUCAGAAGAUCCAGUGAGAUGCCAAAAGUCCCAGGACUCCCACCAAGCUGCCCUGUAACCCUGGGCUAUGUAACUGAACCUGAAUCUCUGGAGGGGCAGUUACUCACACAUGCUAUAGAGGGAAACAAUAAAAAAGCCAAGAUACUACUGAAAAGAGGUGUGUACGUGGAUUGUCACAAUACAGCCGGACAGGCAAGUUUGUACCUUGCUGCUCUGUUGGGACGUACCUCUACCGUCCAGCUAUUUCUGUGCUUUGGUGCCAAUCCAAAUCACCGCUGUAACGAUGGCAGCACCCCAGUCCAUGCAGCGGCUUUCUCUGGCCAUCUAAGACUUCUCGGCAGCAUUGUACAAGCUGGGGGUGAUCUGAGAUGUCACGAUCAGAAGGGACGGACCCCUCAAGACUGGGCCCAGCAAGCUGGGAGUGAGGAAAAUGCCAAGGUCAUUGACUUCAUAAAGCAGUGCUGCGGCCAAAUGGCUCUGGUGGUACAGCAUGGAUACCGGUCUCUUUAUUCAAAAACUCGAGCAGCAUCUUCGCACAGCCUGCGUUCCUCUUUCUCAUCACGCUUGUCUGCAUCCUCCUGGUCUUUGGAUAACUCUGAAAUGUCUGGAAGCAUGAGGAAGCCGGCUGUAGGAUAUGGACAACUCUGCCCAAGCAGGUACCAGCAUCCAGGAGUGGCUGCCUUCACAUUCAUUGCAGAGCACAAUGACCUGAUCACAGGACACGGAGAGCCAGAAUGGAGCUACGAGAAUGGACCAUAUACACUCAUGAGAAACUUGCUUUGGAAAGGGCAGAUGGUCACCGUGCGAAGCUUAAAGCCAGGGAUGCCUCCCAUCAGCCAGAGAUGGCAUGGCAGCCUGGAUGUGCUCCUAGCUGAACAAGAAUACUGCAGCCGCCUCCAUCAUCCCCAUCUACUGCUUCUUUUGGCUGUGAGUCCCUCCUUAGAUCUACAGAAUCUCCAGCUGGUCUUUGAGAGGGUUGAGAUGUGUUCGCUCUACUAUGCCUUGCACUGCGAGAAUUCCGGCUGCCCGGCACUCUCGGCCAUUCUGAGUCUGCUGCUGCAGAUCUCUGAAGCCCUCUUGUUCCUUCACUCUUCGGGGUAUAUCCACCGGGCGGUGAGCUCCCAUGCAAUUCAGCUGGUGAGACCUGGACUGGCCAAGCUCAGCAACCUUGAGUACAUGCAGAAGAGGACUGAGGACAUUGCCAAAAUGUGUGGCAUCCCACCGUCCUCAAAGCUCUACAAUUGGCUGGCGAGGGAAGUCGUUAAAGGGAGCCCGGGCUCGGUGAACUCUGAUCUCUACAGCUUUUGCACUGUGAUGCAGGAGAUCUUCACAGGUGAAAUCCCUUGGGGCGAAUUGGAUGGCUGGGCUGUGAGGGAGAAAAUGAAGGCAGGGGAGUCUCUCUUGGCUGAUGCCCGUGUCCCACAGCCUUUUUAUGAGGUAGUCAAAGAUGGCAUCGCCUUGAAAGAACGUGACCGGAAGGGUACUUUCACCAGCAUACAUUAUGUAUUGCGGACCACCCAGCAGGGAGGCACAGCAGGCUCUCCAUUGCUUUCCUCAGUGGCCUCGUCAUCCAAGAAGCUGUAUAUGUGGGCAGGACAGACUGAGUCUGAGGAAUCAUCCCACUCAAUCAUUCCUGAAGAUCCGUCUGAUACCAAUAAUGAGCUACCCUAUUUUGAAGUUGAGUCCAGUGGCCAAAGUGCAGCACAAAGCACACCCAACGUACAGCCUGACAGCCAGACAAUCACCCAGACUCAGAACGAAGGCAAUCAACGAAUCUGUAGCCCUCUCAGAUCCUCUCUGCAGCAGCAUCAGAGAUCAAAUUCGGACAGCGCAUGUGAACCAGGGUGCAGUGAGGAAGAGUCGGCUACCUCUCACGACAGGAGUCUUGAAUCUGUAGCUUUGGGAGAUGCCACCCCGGCCCUCCCAGAGGACCCGUUGGUGAACAGUCUGCAGGAUUCCACCUGCCUCUUAGAAAAGGUUCAAGUCUCGUUAGAAGACCUUGAAAACCGGUUUGCCUCCAGUAUCCACAUGUUAGAGUCGUUUGUCAGUCAGCAAAGGGCGCAAGGGCCAAGCACCCACAGCGGUGGAGCCUUGCCCAAGCAGGCUGGGUCAGAAAAGUACGAGAAAUCCAGUCAAAAUUGUUCCCUUCAGAACUUAAUUGAUUUGUCAACUAAAGCAAGAGAAAAGCACCAGCAGAAUCUUGGACCAACAAAGAUUUUCCAGAAGCAGGAAAGCUCUACAGAUGGGCCUUUUUGCUGUGCGCAGUCAUUUGACCUCCUCCAGGAGAUCAUCCAAGAGCUUCAAGGAACAGGAAAUUCCCACACUGUGAGCCAGAGGCAGCAAGAAUGGAGUGAAAAAGGAAAAUUGUCUCCAAGAUGAAUGGCCUCUGAGCAAAAACCAGCAGCUCCUGUCCCCACCACAGGUCAAGGUGUGGUGGCCAGUUGAUGGACCAAUGAGUGACCACCACCAACAUCUGGGCUUGUUGCUGGCUGGGCUGAAUGGAUCCGAGCUCCCAUUCAGAGAUAAACGCAAUCUCUUUUCUUUAUUAAUUUAGCAACCAGUUUGUAACCUCCGAAUCCAGCAACCUAGAUUUGCAGCCUUUGCUGCUCUUUAUUAAAUAGUUGAAAAUA